AUGGAUAAAGUUUGGGUACCAAUCGGUGGUUUUAUACACGACAUUUACGAGGGAAUCUACUCAAUGGAAGAGGAAAUAUCCGCAUCAUUGCCAGAGACGGUAACUAGGCCAAUUAGGUGAAGCUGAAGUGGGUAAGAAUUAAUUUAAUAUAAAGAAUAAUUAUUUUGAAAAUAUUCGUUUCUAGUUCGCUGCUAUGGUCAAUAGAAGGGAAGCCAUGUUUUCUCAUCAACCUUACUGGAAUUUCAGGAUUAAAAUGCAUUAUUAGUCAUAUUUGAGAUUAUCGUAAAUUGAGGCGAAUAAUACAAAUUAUUGGUCAAUAUUAAUCAAAUAGAUUCAUUGUCUGCUAUAGUAAGCCAAUUUAUUUUUUCUAAAGCGCUAUGUGACAUUAAAUCUCAUUCGUACUCAUUACAAAAUCACAAAUUGGUGCGCAACCGUGCGCAAAACCCAUGCGUAAAAUUAAAAACCUGUGGGUAAAAGUCAUAAUCAACGUUUUUUUGGCCACAUAACUAACAGUACUUUUUCUUUGCUUCGCAGGUGAUCGUUUGAGUGAAGAAAGUGACAAUAUCGAGUUGUCUUGCCAGGGCAACUUUACGCAGCCCCCGCGCACUCAGGCUGUUGCAUACAAGGACACUGCAAUCCCGGGGGCUUCAUUAACGUAGUUAGCGAUAUAACGGCGGCAGCUUCGUCCCCGGUGUUUGCCUCGCCCUCGCCUGAACCACAGAACCUUUACGCAGGAACUGUGAGCUGCACCAUGGCGCAGAGUCAACACGAUAUAAACCACAUGUAUGCUCCAACGUCUUACUCUUGUAGCAGGGAAAUGUACCAGGACCAAUCAACCUACCUGGCAACGUCGACCUGCCCCAUGUCCUACCCACAGCCGUCCCACUCCUACACGUCACCAAAGUCGACAGUGGACAGCACGCUCUUAACCAUCAUGCCUGAGUACAGCGGGUUCUACCAGCCAAACUGCCAAAGGGACAUCCAGGCUUUUCCUGACAGGAAAGGGUUACCAUAUUCACUGGACUCUCUGAGGGUUCCACUACCUCUGACACCUCUGAACACAAUAAGGAAUUUUACACUUGUGGUACCUGCGACAGAGGGCCCUUGUCUACCCAAUCCCUACAACACUCCGAAUGUACCCCUGAGGCCAAUACCGAGACCGAGAAAGUAUCCAAACCGCCCAAGCAAAACGCCUGUCCAUGAGCGACCAUACCCUUGCCCGGCAGAGAGUUGCGAUAGGAGGUUCUCUCGGUCGGACGAGCUGAGCAGACACGUCAGAAUCCACACAGGGCACAAACCCUUCCCAUGUCGGAUCUGCAUGCGCAGUUUCAGUCGCAGCGACCACCUCACUACGCACAUUCGCACACACACUGGAGAAAAACCAUUUUCCUGCGACCACUGUGGAAGAAAGUUUGCCAGGAGUGAUGAAAGAAGGAGACACACGAAAAUCCACUUAAGACAGAAAGAGAAAAAGUCAUCAUAA